AUGAUAUAUACAUUGAGUAAAAAAAUUUAUUACGGUGCUGAAACAACCAAAUCAUUAAAAUCUUUUCGUAUUGAUAAAAUUCCGUUACCAGUUAUAAAAGCACUUGCUCUUUUUAGACAAGCAUGUGCAAUGGUAAACAGUCAAUUUGGUCUUGAUCAACAUAUUUCAAAUGCUAUUGUUCAAGUGUGUAACGAAAUUCUCAAAGAAGGUUUAAACGAUCAAUUUCCAUUAAGUGCUUUUCAACCUGGAUCUGGUAUACAUGCGAAUAUGAAUAUUAAUGAAAUUAUUGCUAAUCGAGCUAUGGAAAUUGUUGAUGGGAUGGAGGUUGGUGUGGGGGUGUGA